AUGUCGUUCGAACCCCCAGCCUCGAUUGAGACCCGUCUCUUUAUCAAUGGAGAAUUCAGGGAAUCUUCAGAUAAGCAGACAUUCACGCUCAAGUCUCCAGCUACGCUCAAGCCAGUUGCCGAAGUAUAUGAGGCUACCGAGCAGGACACGGAUGCAGCCGUUGCCGCAGCCAAAGCAGCCUUUCCGGCUUGGGCUGCUCUUUCGCCAGAAGCACGUGGCGGCUAUCUGAAGAAGCUGUCUGUCCUGAUUCUGGAGGCCCACUCCGAACUAGCCUACCUCGAGGCCAUAUCGAUGGGCAGGCCAGUUUCUGGGUACUUUGAUGCUUUCGCAUCUUCCGCUACAUUUGGCCAUUAUGCCGAGUCUGGAUACCAGGCCCUGGGAACCUCCAGCCUAAACACCCCAGGCCAUGUCAACUUGACACUACGUCAGCCAUACGGAGUGGUUGCUGCCAUCAUUCCUUGGAAUGUCCCAAUCCUUUUUCUCGCCAACAAAUCCGCUCCAGCCUUGAUGGCGGGAAAUACUGUCGUAAUCAAAAGCAGCGAAAAGGCUCCAUUAACUUCAGCCAAGAUCGCAAGUUUGGUCGAAAAGGCCGGCUUCCCUCCUGGCGUGGUGAAUAUUAUUUCGGGACAUGGGCAGAUUUCGGGAGCUUUGCUUUCUUCUCACAUGGAUGUCCGUCUUCUCACAUUUACCGGCUCCGGAAGGACUGGGCGGGCAAUUCAAAUUGCUGCGGCCAAGUCUAAUCUCAAAAAUGUCAUCCUCGAGCUUGGAGGCAAGACACCAGCCGUAAUUUUCGAGGAUGCAGACAUUGAGAAGGCCGCUGCCCAGACCCAGCACAGCAUCCAAUGGAACAGCGGCCAGGUCUGUAUGGCCAAUUCAAGAAUAUAUGUCCAGGAAUCGAUAGCGCCGCAAUUUAUCGAGACCUUCAGGAAGAAGUUCCAAGGAGUGAAGGCAGGAGAUCCUACUGUUCAAGAGACGAACCACGGUCCUCAAGCAGACGAGAUUCAAUAUAACAAUGUCAAAGCCUACAUCGAAGCCGGUAAAGAAUCCGGCACACUCAUUCUCGGCGCUGACCCGGUGAGUUCCGUGAAGGGAUACUUUGUCAACCCUACCAUAUUCACCGAAACUCCCGAGGACGCAAAGAUCAUGAAGGAGGAGAUAUUUGGUCCAGUGGUGAAUAUCAACACCUUCAAGACAGAAGAUGAAGUUAUCAAAAAGGCAAACAACACCGACUUUGGACUCUACGCCUCUGUAUACACUAAGAACGUUGACCGGGCUUUGCGCAUGGCGAAAGCUCUGGAAGCGGGGACAGUGGGAGUGAACUGCACCAGUCCAGCAGGAGCGCGAGACAUGCCAUUCGGUGGGUACAAGGCUAGUGGCAUUGGCCGUGAAGGUUGGACAAUUGGUAUUGAAAAUUACCUCGAGACGAAGAGCGUUCUGAUGAAGUUUGAAGAGGCAUGA